GGCACGCUUGCGAUGCCGCCGGAUGGCGUCGUGACGAGAUGAGGGGAGAGCGGCAGGCGGCAAGUAGUGGAAAAGUUUCAAAAACUAUGCAUGCUGCUUAGUCAGUUUCCUGAACUUCCAUAUGAAUGGUCAUCGUAGAUGUUCUCAAUAUGUGGUUGUUAAUACAACUACUGGACAACGUCUUGGGAGGAAAUAGUUCACUAAAUGAGCUAAAGGCGGUUUUCCGAGCGCCAUAGACCAGUGUUAUUGUCGGCAGCAUCUCAUCACCACAGGCACGAGCAUCGCAACCGCAGCAGCUCGCUCGCGGCGCCCCGCAGCGGCCAUCGUCGGCAGCCUCUUCACCAAGCGAUCGUCUGCUGCGCUGACGCGUGCGCCGUUGUGACGCGUGACGCCGGCUGUCGUUUUCCUCCGAUGGCGUUCGCGGUGCUCGGUUCUUGAGCUUCUGCUGGGUAUCGGCGCGGCGUGGACGUCCCUCGACGAGCCCCCACACCCCAGUGUGGAAGGGACACAUGGGGGUCCGGCGGCGCCGCUACUUGUGCAUCCCUGUCUCUGAGCGUCCCCCGACCAUCGCUGUGAUCUCUCUCCGCACUGCGUCUCCCGCAUGAAUCCCGUGCUGGGCUCCAAGAUGCUUGUGCUGGGCUACGAGCGACGGCACAGGUUCCUAGUCAUCUUGGGACUCCUGAUGCUGUCGUCACUCAUGCACAGCUUGUGGUACUUUGCAAGCGUUUUGGUGGACUACCCAGUUCAGAAAAUAUCCCCGCAGCAGUUUGGGACACCAGCAUGGAGCACCCCUCAGGAAGCGUACAACAUGUCCGCCCUAGACCUGCGGCGAGAUCCAGCUGUGCUCGUCGACCGUUCCGACUUCCGAUAUCUUCUGAGCAGCAAUCGUUGCCAAGGAGCAGACGACAUCUUCCUCGUCGUGUUUGUGCACUCGGCGCCAUCACACUUCCACAAGAGACGCGCCGUUCGUGAAACGUGGGGAAACGCCACAUUCCUCAAGGCUGUCACGGGUGAGACCAUGGUGCUCACCUUCAUGGUGGGCCACGUGAACGACUCGCAGACGCGCGAUUCCAUCGUCCAGGAGAGCGCCCUGCACGGGGACAUUGUCAUGGGGAAUUUCUUCGACAGUUACCGAAACCUUACCUACAAACACAUCAUGGGCUUGAAGUGGGUGACCUACUUCUGCCGGAACGCCCGCUACGUUCUCAAAACGGACGACGACGUGUUCAUAGACCUGUUUCAGAUGACGGCUUAUCUACGCGAAGCUCUGGGUCCCAUGGCCCCGCCCAACUUGAUGAUGUGCGUGCUGAUCAGGCGACCGUUUGUGAAACGCAGCCAGCGCAGCAAGUGGCGGGUAAGCUUCCAGGAGUACCGCCAGAACAGGUAUCCGCCGUACUGUUCGGGCUGGGGCAUCCUCAUGUCGCCCGACGUAGUGUUCAACCUUUACCGGGUGUCGGCGGGCAUUCCCUACUUCUGGGUGGACGAUGUUCUCGUGUCGGGGAUACUGGCUAAGAGAAUCGGCUUGUCGCAGAUAGACUUUGGAAACCACUUUGCUGCAACCAAGAUGGAGGCGCAGCAGUGGUUAAGCAGCGAUGAAGGUGAGCCGCCCACCCUGAUGGGCCAUCCCGACUUGGACACAGAGGUGGUGUAUCGCCUCUGGAACAAGACGAAACUCUAUCUGCAGAAGACCUUCUAGGUUCUGCACAUUGUGCUGUAUACUUUCUCCUUGACAUACUUAUCAUCACACAAACAUUGCUACAUACUGCCAUGUGCACCUUGCAAUGCUUGUGCCGUCGAAAGUCAUGACCCGUGUCGGGUUUACCUGUAUAUAUAUGCUGGCUUCUGUGAAACUCAGGUACUUUAACUCUAGGAUUUUUAAGAUCCUUUCUUGUGAUCCGGCAUAAAGAUUGUCCUGGAAACUGCUCCCUUUGCUUUUGUUAGUGGCAGCUAACUCGCCAAAUAUUUCAUUUCUACAUUGGACCAGUUGUCCUUGUCCUUUAUGGCUGUGUUGUUAUCGGUGUAUUUACCCUGUUUAUGUUUAGGACAUUUUUACAAUGUUUGCCAAUCCUUUGUUAGUUGUACUGUCACUGGUCUGUGCGAUGAAGCCCCUUUUCAGCGUAUCAUUGAACCAGGACUGCCUUGUAGCCAGUACUGCCAUUCGGAGCUAAGGCACAGCUGGAAUGUUUUGUCUUGGGUGUCCUCUUUAUACCAUAGUUCUCGCUUGCAGUGAGACACAUUUGCAUACAGAUCUCACCUGCAUUCAUCUCUCUUUUGAUCAGUAUUUAUUUCUUCAUAAGAGUCUUUACAUCAACAGCUCAAAGAACCCCAUAAAAUGCCUUACACAGGCCUUAAACUGUUCCAUUUAGCAAUUGCGAGGUAGGUUUGCUUUUCUAAUGCAUCUUACGUUUCAGUAAUACCAAUUUGCUUGGUCGAUUAAAAGUGUGUAACGUGUACUAGGAGACCGUAGCACAAAUUAGUUAUAUCGUGCCAGUAACAAUGAAAUACUAUAUGGAUGUGUCUAGUAUUUUGUACCAACGGCACACGCUGUUCUGGAGCCACCAGGUCCCCCCAAAACGAUGUUUACUAAGCUGCACGGUAUCCACAUUUAUUUGGUAAUUUCACUCACCUUAAUGAAGUCAAGGAAGAUAGAAAAUGCUGGCGAUUCGAUAUUCGACUAUGCCGUGGCUAGCACAACAUUACGGCAGUGUUUGAGUAUUUUCAAGGAAUGGCUCUCAUUAUUGCUUUGUAAUCCCCCUAAAACUUGUGGUUCGAGUGCUCAAAAGUAGUUACUCUGCAGUUUCUGGAUUGUGAACAUGGCAAUCUGUAGAAUAGAAGUAUUUACAAUGUUUCAUCUAUUUUCUAUACAUUUUACUAUCAUAAUUCCUACCUAUUCUUCCACCAUAGGCAGUGCAGUUUGCACUUACAUACUGGGGCAGUGGUAACAAAUGUAGACUGUGACUGCACUCUUGCUCGCUUGAUGGUCAGCACCAGCAGGGUAAAACCUUUGGGACUAUUUUCUUUCUCUCGGCUUGUAUAUAAGUUACAUUAUUAGGUAUAUGCAAGUCUCUCCCCUGUGCUAUAAGGAAACUUUGCAGGUACUGCAAUGUGACCUUUUGGAGUUUCAUAAAAAAUCUGUUAUAUAGAAACAUUUCAAAUGUAGAUUUGCAAGUACACAAUUUAAGCCCAAAAACUGUGAUCCUCAGUAGGUUCAGUACUUACGCUGGAGUUUUUACUCCACUGUGUACAUUAAUUGAUGUUUGUACUUCACUGGCCAAUGCUGUGAGCUCUAUAUGAUUGGCAGUCUUGUCGUAAGACGUGUCUUACGUGCCCCACGUGCUGUGUUUGGACGUGCGACUUGGUCAUGAGUCAUGCAAUGCUACACUCCUCAUGUGAAACCUGACCACGCUAAGCCCAUAGGACAAAUGUAACGCACUGUGAAUAUGCAGACCUGUGUAUGCGAGUGCUCAAUUUUAGUUUAAGUUGCAACAAUUGCAUCAGUAAUGCUCGGAUUAUGGAUUUGUAAUGCGUGUUAUUCGUUUUAACCGUACAUUUUGUGGACUGAAAAAUUUGCUGUACUGCUCCUUAUCUGGGAUUCCCAUCUGUGUGGGUACGUGCAUGCUAAACAAUUUCUGUGCUAUGGAGGUGCAUUGAUGAUGAUUAAUCUAUGAUGAUCAUUGCAAUGUGAGCACGAGGCCGUCCAUUUGUGUCACUGCAUUCAUAAAAAUUUUCAACUGCUGU